CGCGUCAUAUAGCAACAGCAUCACCUAACUUCCGCCAAACCUGAAAACAUCUCUUUGGGGAUUGUUUUCUGUUUGGUUCGUUUCAUAAUGGGAAAGAAAGUGAAAGAAGACAAGAAAGCUCCUCCAGAGGAUGUGUUUGACACUAUCCUGGUUGAGAGCCGGCAGGCAGCCACAGUUGUGUUGAUGCUCAACAGUCCAGAGGAAGAUGUGCAGUCUAAGGCAUGUGAAGCCAUCUACAAGUUUGUUGAUAAAUGUGAUGAGAACAAGAAGACAUUACUAGACCUUGAUUCCAUUGAUCCGUUACUGAGACUGGUCCAAGGAGAGGACAGAACUGUCAGACGCAAUGCUUGCAUGGCGCUGGGAGUAAUGUGUGCACAUCCUGAUGUGAGGAAACUAUUACGAAAGAGGGAUGAUUCCAUAGCUGCUUUCGUCAACCUCUUGCAACCAGAAGAGGACACGGUCGUCCAUGAGUUUGCUGCCCUGGCUCUGUCCUACAUGGCCACAGAGUUCUCCACAAAGGUCUCCAUAUUCGAGAAUAAUGGCAUCGAACCCCUCGUCAAAUGUCUAUCCUCCACAGAUCCUGAUGUCCAGAAAAAUGCCAUUGAAGCUCUUGCCCAGAUGUUACUUGACUACCAGACACGAGGCGCCGUGCGGGAGUAUGAUGGUCUCCAACCAAUGCUAGACCUUCUGAAGUCCGAGUACACCAUCAUUCAGAAACUGACUCUCCUGUCUCUAGAUCGGUCAUCACAGGAUGCUGAAAAUAGAGCCUCGUUGAGAGAGCUUGAAGCCAUCUCCCACCUGAUCAGCUUCUUGGCUCACCCGGAGUGGAAUGACCUGCAUGUGAUGGCGGUGAUGGUUUUGUCCAAUCUGCUGGAGGAUGUGGAGAGUCUGGAGCAAAUCAAAGAGACAGGUGGUCUGAAGAGGCUUGUAGCAAUCAUCACUGACCAGCCCCCUGCGGAGGAGGAGACAAAAGGGGGCAAGGCAGACAAGAAGGCGGGGUCACGAGCUGGCAAGAAGAGUGCUAAGGGAGAGGCCAAGAAGGCAACUGAGGAGAAGGAUGAACAGUCCCCAGGGGGAGAUUCCAUCAUCCCCACUCUCCCAGAUGUCAAGAUGAGUGCUGCUAGAGCCAUCGCUCGGUCAGCACGCAAUGUGGAGAACCGUAAGAUCCUACAUGAGCAGGAGGCUGAGAAGAUGUUGAUUCACCUGCUGUCUCAUGAGUCGGUGGACGUACAGAGUGCAGCAGCCCAGGCUCUUGCCAUCAUGUGUGAGAACCUCAGCAGCAGAGACUCCAUCCGAGAGUGGGAGGGGCUGGCGCCUCUGAUCAAGCUGCUCAACUCGGAGAGCGGAGACGUGAAGGAAUCAGUGACACUAGCUCUCGCCAACCUCACCACGGCCAACUCCACGAACUGCAAUGAGAUGCUGAACCUGAAUGGCCUAGACCCUCUGAUCCAGUUGUUGUCCGACAGUCGGGAAGAGGCUGUAGCCAACACUGCCAGCGUCCUCACCAACCUAGCUCAGGAGGAGGUGCUCCGUAUCGAGUGUCUCAACCGUGCUGUCGUCUCCUCCCUCAUAGACCCGCUCAAGUCCAGCAACACAAAUGUCCAGAGCAAAGCAGCUCUAGCCUUGGCAGCCUUUGUGUGUGAUGCUGAUGCCCGGACAGAGCCUUUGCUUCCAGUCAUGUUAAACAUGGCUCCAGUGGUGGACUGUUCUAGAUGUGUGUGGUUUUGUUCCAGUGGCCUGGAUGUUCUACAACAGAUUCAGAUGUCCAGCACACGGCGCAGUCCCUUCACAGAUGCUGCACUUGACAGACUGCUAGACAGCAACCUGUCUGCUAAAUACGCCCUCUCGGGACAUCUAGGUAGUGGGAACCUGAUAGAAGAUGGUUUCUUUGAUGCCGGUCAGCUGAAGCCAGGCACCAAAUUCUUGUCCCUGGAAGACUACUGCAAGCAGGAGAUGAAUGACAAGAGACCCAUACUGCUCAUCAAUUCUAAACAAGAGCCGACCCCUCCCCCCAGGCAGGAGGAUAAUGACGCCCUGAAGACUGACAGUUCCAAGACAAGCGUCUCUGGGAAGUCAUCUCGAACUGGGCGAGAAACUAAAUCACGCACCAAGGCCCAGCGUGAGCGUGAGGAGAAACAGAAGGAGGAGGAGAUUCAGGCUCAGCUGGCCAAGGAAGCUGAGGCUCAGGCAGCUGAGGAGAACAAACCCUUCACCACACCGGCUGACCCUACCCUGUUUAAAUACAUGGAGGAUGUAGUGGAGAAGAUCCAGCCACUGGCCACCACCAGGCUGCAGGUGGUGGCACUCGCAGAGUACGUGGCUGAGAAGAUGGGAGGUCCUAUAGAGAAGGGACAGGUGACAAACUUCAGCUGGGAACUGCCUCUCAGUCAGAUCAAGUUCGAACUGAAGUCGAAUGUCGUCCCCAUUGGCAAGAUCAAGGCUGGAAUCCAUGUGCACAGAGCACUGCUCUUUAAGACGCUGGCUGACCGUAUUGCUGUGGGGUGUUCUCUGACCCGGGGAGAGUACAACCGUGCCUGGAAUGAAGUCAUGCUCCCACAAGAAGAUGAAGUGGCCGGUGGUGCCAGGUAUCCUCCGAAGCCCUACAUCGUUGAUCUGAUCCAUGAACCAGGCAAACUCCUGCCAGUCAACACACCCGAGGCUGUCAGCUACCAGAAGUUGUAGGUGGUAACAGACACUCACUGCUUUCACACUUUGCCAGCCAGAAGCUAUUAGGGGGACAACUACUCAUUGGAUUCUUUCUUUCUUUUUAUCUUGAUAACAUAAUGUAUGAAAAUCAGCUGCAGAUCUCACCUGUUAGUUACUAUAGGAGUCUGUAUCAGGUUUGAGAAUAAUUUGAUAUGUUUUUUAAUCACUGUUAUCUGUUUGAGAUUAGAUGAAGGAUCAGGAAUAUGGUGUCUAAUAUUUGGUGGAAUUUUAUUAGUAGCUUCAUUAUGUCCUCUAAAUCGUGUUCAUUCCGAAAUGAUAUUUCUAGCUUCUUUUUAUGAUAAAAGAGUCAUUAUAUAUAAUCAUGUUCACUUUGUAACUGAUAAUUAUACAAUGUAAAUCAAAUGUCAAACAUUUCUGUAAGUGAUUUAUAGAUAGACAUUAAAUAAUAGAAAUAGAAUUUGAAAGUAUUGAGGUAAAAUCUAGUAGGGGUUGAGAUAGUGAGAAAACUAUUGUGAUUGAUUUGCCAAAAAUAAGUGUGGACAUAAUGAUCACUUAUCUGAAGAUGAUUCUGUUGUGUUACUAGGCAAUGAGGUCUGUGAUACAAGUAUGAUGAUGUAGAGUUGUUACGUGGUUCUUCCUAUUUGUUGUGCAUCCCGUCGGUCAGUUUGGUCAAUCAGCAGUCUGUGAUAACUACAUUGUGAUUUAGAUGUAACAUUAUUGUACAUAAACAAGCAUUACCAUAACUAGACAUGUCUGUGCCAGUGUUUUAUGUCAUCGUGUCACUAUAUGUAAAUAAUAGUAGCAGAGUGUUUGUGAUAACUCCAACUUGUUCAAAAUCCAUCCAAUUGUCGUUGUGUACAUAUACAAUUUGAAAUGAUUAAAUGCACAUUCUUGAAA